UAGUUAUUUACCUGGACAGGUUAAGAGGCUCAGCAGUUUAUUAAACGAUGCUACCUUUUUGGAUAGACCUACUUCGCUGACACGAGUGUAAGUCUCGAACCAGACUCAGAGUAUAGCUUGUCCAACUUAGACAACGUAAUGGCAACCCCGAAUGUUGCAAUUAUCGGAGGCGGCCCGGCCGGCCUCACGUUGGCAAAGCUACUUCAGCGUGCAUCUAUAAGGUGCAGCGUCUUCGAAAAAGAUGUUGACCGGCACGUGAAGCACCGCGGGGGCUGCUUAGACCUCCACGCGGACUCCGGGCAGCUCGCCUUGAAAGAGGCCGGCCUGCUUGAAGAGUUCAAAAAAUUGGCAAGGCCGGAGGGUGAGACUUUGCGAAUAUUUUCACCUGAUGGUACGGUUCUCAUGGACGAGAGCAGAGGCGAACCCGGUCGUCCCGGAGAGUUCGCCGAUCGUCCAGAGAUCGAUCGCGCGCAGCUACGAGACCUGAUCCUGGACUCGCUUGAGCCUGGGACUGUGUAUUUCAACUCCAAGCUUCUCAAGAUAAACACCCAAGAAGACUCUAAGCUGACCUUGGUCUUCGCCGAUGGCCGCGAGGUGGCUGACUUUGACUUGGUCGUUGGUGCUGACGGCGCCUGGUCCAAAGUCCGACCAAGCAUCAGCGAUACGGAGCCUUUCUACUCUGGCAUCGCAGGUCUAGACUGUCGCAUCUUAGACGUAGACGCCAAGCACCCCGAGUUAUCUACGCACGUGGGACAAGGAAUGUGCCUUAAUUUGGGGUCGAACAAGGGGCUCAUGUGCCAACGAAACGGUGACGGCACCAUUCAGCUUUACGCCUUCGCCCGUGUGCCAGUAGACUGGUUCUCGGCAUCUGGGAUCGACCCCGUCCAUCCAGAUGCGCGGAGACAAGUUGUAGACACGCUUUUCCCAGAAUAUUCUAACCUGCAGAAGUCGCUAGUAUUAGACAGCGAUCCGGACACGGUGGGACGGUUGCUCUACAUGCUUCCUGUCGGUUUUCAGUGGCCACAUAACCCACGCAUCACACUUAUUGGGGAUGCGGCGCAUCUAAUGAACCCUUUCGCCGGAGUCGGCGUCAACGUAGCCAUGAAGGACUCGUUAGAACUUGCACAUGCCAUAAUUGGCGAGGACUCCGGGCAGGAUUCGCCAACAUUAACCGAGCGCCUGGCCAAGUUCGAGGUGGACAUGUGGGCGCGAGCAAAGAAGAACGCAGAAGCUACGGUGAUGUAUCAAAAUUUAUUCUUCCACGAACGCGGCGGCGUUGCUAUGGUGGAGCACUUUGCGAAGAGACGAGAAGAAGAGCAAAAGUCCAAAUCAAACGAAAUAAAAUCUAAUUGAUUUAUAUAGCAAUUUGCCUUGUACUUACCACAAUAUUUGGAGCUUAAAUGAAACAAAUAUUCCCACGUGUUUUUAAGGAUCGAUGUAUUUUCCUCUUUUUCUCCAUUGUGAACCUGUCACGUAAAGUGAGAGGGGAUCUUAGACGUAAUAUAACGGUUGAUUAGGAAGAAGUAAGAUCUAGGCUGGUAGUAUACAGGAGAUCGUUUUAUAUAUGGCUCAGCUGAUUAGUUAUGGUGGGGAUCCCUUAACUAAAGUAACUGGCCGAUGGAUGAGGCCGAGCCGAGACUUUGAAAGCUACCGAUCGGUAACUCCGAUCAACCGGGAUAGCGGACAUAAC